AUGCCCUCCCCCUUGACUGUGACAUUUAUACAGGCAACCAUCCUUAAUGCCAUAUCCAACGUCCUGGCCCAGCUGAUCGACCAGCGCAACAGCAAAUCUCCAUUUCAUCUCAACAUAAUCGCAUUAAUUCAAUUCGUAACUUAUGGCCUAAUCAUUGUGCCCCCAAAUUUCUACUGGCAACGCGCCCUGGAAGCGCGUUACCCAGGCUUUCCGACACGCGCCGAGUUCACCAGCGCAGUCCGCUCCUUUUCACUGAAGGCAAUCUUCUCACCUCGAGCAUGGCUAGCUCUUUUUUCAGGCUCGAGCAAGGAGGAAACUCUCCCGAGCCACGACAAGGAGAAAGAAAAGCAUGUCCGAUGGGCACCGCGAGUCCAGAAUUCGGGACUCCGCAAUUUCAUCAUGAAGUUUUUCUUCGACCAGACCGUUGCGUCGGUUACGAACCUUGUUUUGUUUGUUGUUUUGAUUAAUCUCCUCAAGGGGGAGGCGUUGCCCAGGGUGUGGGAGUUGGUCAUCGAGGAUUUCCGGCCCAUAAUGAGUGCUCGUCUCAAGUAUCGGCCUCUCGUCUCUAUUCUAAUGUACACGGUUAUCCCAGUGGACCGGCGGGUUGUCUUUGGGAGUGCCUGUGGGGUAAUUUGGGGUAUCUAUCUGAGUCUAUACGCGGUUGUUUAA